AUGAUAAUGAUUAUUUUUUUUCUCUAUUCAUUUAUUUAUUUAACAAAUUCAACACCCAUAUUAAAAUCGACAUAUGCUGUUAUUAUUCCAGAAAAAUCUGCUUCCAAUAUUACAAUUUUUUCAUUUAAUUCAGAAUAUUCUUUACCAACUACAGCAUAUGAAUUAGUUAAUGCACCUUCAAAUAUUGUUUCAUCUUAUUUUCAAAUUCAAUCAAAUGGAAAUCUUUUAUUAAAACAAUCGAUUGAUCGUGAUCAAUGGUGUCAAUUAGGUUAUUGUUCAUGCGAUAUAUGUUCUCUUAUGUUACAAGUAAUUAUUGAUGAUCAACAAUUUGAUCAUCCAAAAUUUUCAUCUAUUAAUAUUACUAUUACCGAUAUUAAUGAUCAUCGUCCUCAAUUUUUUGAUAUUAAUGAAAUUAAAUUAUCAGAAAAUAUUCAAGUUAAACAUCGUUUUCAAAUUGGACGAGCAAUUGAUCUUGAUUCAGGUGUCAAUAGUCAAUUGAAAUUUUAUUUAACCUGUUUAACAUGUACAUUGACAAGUAAUCCAUUUAUAUUAAGUAUAACACCAUUAUCAGCAAAUGAAUAUUCAUUAAAUGGAAUUGUAAUAGCACCAUUAGAUCGUGAAACAGUUUCUCAUUAUUUAUUGAGAUUAGAAGCUAUUGAUGGUGGAACACCACCAUUAGCAAAUUCAACAAAUAUAACAAUUACUGUACAAGAUGAAAAUGAUAAUGCACCAAAAUUUAAUCAAUCAGAAUAUUUUAUUAAAAAUCUUCGUGAAGAUACUGCUGUUGGUACAAAUUUAUUAAAAAUUUAUGCCACAGAUGCUGAUGAAGGUAUAAAUGGACUUAUUCGCUAUGUAAUUGUCGAUCGUCAUUCUCCAUUUUCGAUUGAUUCUGUUACGGGUGUUAUUCAAUUAACAUCUCCAUUAGAUUAUGAACAACGUCGAUGGUAUCGUUUAUUAAUUCGUGCUACAGAUUGUGGUCUUAUUCCAUUGAGUACAGAUGUUCGAUUAACAAUAAAUAUCAUUGAUGUCAAUGAUUGUCCACCUGAUAUUAUAUUUUUUCCACAACGUCGUUUACAAUAUUCAAAUUCAACUCUAAUGAUUAGUGAAGAUAUUCCUGUUAAUACUACUUUAGGCUAUUAUUCAAUAUCGGAUCAAGAUUCAUACGAUGUUAGUGGGGAUUUAUCUGCUCGAAUUCAAACAAAUAGUUCAUGGUUUAAAUUAAUUUCAAAUGGUUUUAAUUCUUAUGCGCUUAUAACUGUUUCUGAAUUAGAUCGUGAAACAGUACCAUCUAUUCGUAUUCUAUUUACCGCUCAAGAUAGUGGCAAACCUUUACCAUUAUCAUCAAUUCAUGAAUUAAACAUUAUUUUAAUCGAUGUUAAUGAUAAUCCACCUAUAUUCGCAAGUAAUCCAAUCGUGUUUUCGAUUGAAGAACUGGGGUAUUACGUAAUGAAAAAUACGAUAGAUAUUAAAGAGAAUGAUGAUCGAAAUUUAACCAUUGGAUAUUUGUAUGCAACUGAUGCGGAUAUUGAUGAGAAUGCUGUUAGUACAUAUCAUAUCGAAACAAAUUCAUACGUGAAAGUUGAUUCAAACACCGGUUUACUCUCGUUAUUUCAACCCAUGGAUAGAGAACAAGUCUCAUUGGUAAAUAUAUCCGGCUAUGCAAGAAAUGUUGCCAAACCCUAUUGGACAACAAACGUAACGAUUUUAAUUAAAAUAACGGAUGUUAAUGAUAAUGUACCUCGAUGUUCACAGCUCGUAUAUCAUAUUGAAUAUGUUGAAAAUGCAACAGUUGAUCAACCACUACUGACUGUCAAUGGAAGUGAUUUAGAUUAUGGUGAAAAUGGUACAAUUACUUAUUCUCUUAUUAAUACAAGUCCACCAUGGCCAUUCGAAUUUGAUAUUAAUAAAGGUUCUUUACGUUCUCAGCGUAUCUUUGAUUAUGAAUUAAUUUCACAAUAUAAUUUAACAGUAGAAUUAGCUGACAGAGGUCAUCCUAUAUCAUUAAAUUCAAAAUGUUUGAUUGAAAUACAAAUUCUUGAUAUUAAUGAUAAUAUUCCUCAAUUAAUUUCUCCAAUAGAUGGUCAAAUAUUUAUCAAUCGUGAACAACUUAAACAAGGUUUUUUAAUGAAUUUAAUAGCUCGUGAUGAUGAUAGUGGAUUAAAUGGUCUCGUCCGAUAUUCUCUUCAAUCGAUACAAUCACAUCAAUCGAUCACUGAUGAAGAAUUAGAUAAGACACAUUUGUAUAACAAAGGCGGAAAUAGACCAAAACAAGAAAAACAAGAUAAACAAACAACAUUGACAAAUAAUCAAUCACCAUUUACAUUAUUAACAAAUGGAAGUUUAUACAUAAAUGAAGUGGUGGAUAAAAUAUCAUUGUUCAAACUACAAAUAUUAUUAGAGGAUUGCGGAUCACCUCCUCAACGUUCUUUAGUUAUACUUACAAUUGGCUUUGGUGAUUCUAUAAUAAAUAGUGUUGAAACCGUUCAAGCUGUUAUCAUAGAAAUUGAACAUUCACGUGCACGUCCAACCUAUAUUGGUCUCAUACUCGGUUUAACAGUAUUAUGUAUUCUAUUUUUAUUUCUCAUGUUUAUCAGUAUACUCUGUGCUAUUCGAAAACAUCGUCGACGUCGACAACUACAAAACCUUUUAACAUUAAAACAAAAUGAUGGAGAACAACAUCGUAGUGUUGUGAGUAAAUUCUUAAAUUCUCAAUUAACACCGUCGACAUCAUCAGCAUCAAGUUCAACAGCCACUACGAAUGAAAGUGGAAAUGAGGGAAAAGAACGUUAUUAUCAAAAUCAAAAAAUUAUUGUUAGAACAUGUGAUCAGGAUCGUUGGGAAGAAAAAGAUUCGACAAUAAGUUCAAAUUCACAAGAAAAAGGUUCAACAUCAUAUAAUGGCGAUACUUCUUCACCUGAAUCACGCACUUACAAAAUUUUACAUUUACCAAAUACAAAUGGUAAUUAUUGGUCAUCAACUAGUCCAUCACAACAGCCAUUUAUAACGAAUUUAUCUAAUGGCUUUGGUUUGUCUCAUACUGCCACUAAAGACUUAAAUCGACAAUUAAGACAAACGUUGACAGUGAGAAAUGAUGAAGGUUAUUAUGGUAGUAAUGAGACAGGUUCUGACUCAAAUACAUCCGAUAUUGUUCAACGGCAACCAAAAGUAUCAGAUAGACCUACUACUUCAACAACAAUGCCAAAUUUCUAUUUGAAUCAACGAUUAUCUUCGACAUACACACUACCACCAUUUGUGACAAUUUGUGAAAAAGUUGGUGGACCAUCAACAAACGGAGGAUUUUUAGAAAUGAGUGUUGAUGGAAGCGAUAUUGAAGUAUAA